GGGUCUCUUUGUCCCUCCGUCGAACAAAGCAAAAUUAGUAAGGUUUCAAACCUAACCACAAUUGUAGUAAGAAGUAAUUGUCGAGGUGACAUGACCGCCGACAAUGUGAUGACUUGUUGACGGAUAGGUUUGUUGUCUCGCCAGCGACAGUCUCCAAUAUAAAUUUCAUCGCCUAUUCAUAACAAGCAUUUGGCCUAGCCUGCAGUUUUCUUAUACGAUGUUGUUGUUGGCCUUUGUUUUCUGCUCGUUUAUUACUUUCACCUUCCUCCUUCCUGGGGUGUUUGGUUCACCUACACCAGACACCAUUUUCCUACUGAAAGAGUCUUCUUUCACAUCUCUCGGGUGUUCCAAGUUUUUUACGCCCACUUCCAUCCUCCAUCAAGUUCCAUCUCCUGGAGCCUGCUUUUCUCGCUGCUCACCUACCGAAGUUGCCGCCUAUACGCAGAUCCAAUAUGGCGUCCUUUGCUCCUGCGGUGACAAAGAAAUGCUUCAGGAACUUGAUGUGAUGGACCCUUGUACUGGUAAUAACUGGUAUUUGUAUAGUAACAAGGAGGUAGACGAGAACGAGGUUAUUGAACUGGAGGUCGAAGGAACUAGGGAGUUGGAGGGCUUUGACUCUGCUUUCUCUAGAAAAGGGCGGACAUCCGAAGCAUCAAUACCAACAGCAAAGCUGGGAAUGCUGACAUUUGGCAAGCAAGAUAGAAGCAAAAUACUAAAGUGAGGAACAGACAGCGAAUAGAGCCGUUAGUCUGUCUGUACUUUUGUUGACAGCAUUCUGGCAUAGAAUAAAACUUUUCUUUGCCAAAGGCUUGGAGAUGAGACGUCCGAAUGAGAGGCUGUUAAGAUAUCAACAGAAUAAUCCCUUGGAAGACUCAUAGAAAACGGGCUGAACGAAUGCAUGAAAGAACGUCGUAUAUAGACAUAUCAGGCGUUAGGAUG